UAGUGAAUGCGGGGUCCGGGGGAGAGCGGAUAUAGUGAAUGCGGGGUCCGGGGGGGAGAGCGGAUAUAGUGAAUGCGGGGUCCGGGGGAGAGCGGAUAUAGUGAAUGCGGGGUCCGGGGGAGAGCGGAUAUAGUGCAUGCGGGGUCCGGGGGAGAGCGGAUAUAGUGCAUGCGGGGUCCGGGGAGAGCGGAUAUAGUGCAUGCGGGGUCUGGGGGAGAGCGGAUAUAGUGCAUGCGGGGUCCGGGGAGAGGUCGGGGAGAGUGGAUAUAGUGAAUGCAGGGUCCGGGGAGAGUGGAUAUAGUGAAUGCAGGGUCCGGGGAGAGUGGAUAUAGUGAAUGCAGGGUCGGGGAGAGUGGAUAUAGUGAAUGCAGGGUCCGGGGAGAGUGGAUAUAGUGAAUGCGGGGUCCUG